CAGCCCCGGAGCUGGCCGGGACUUGUCUCUGCCCCUGGCUGCAGUGACCAUCUGUCUGGGUGGGCAGGAGCUCGGUCCCCGUGUGCGUGGCCGGGGCCUGGCGCCACUCCCGCCCUCCUGCACCAGGCGAAGGCUGGGCCCGCUCUUCUCUCCUUCAGCCCCCGCACCCCGCAGCCCUUGAGGAGGAGGACCCUGGCUCGGACUUCACAGCCCAGGGCACCACUCCCGGGGGCUUCUGGAGCAUUAGGGAACUUCGAAAACAAAAGGUUGGACAGGACACACCCCCAGGGAGACAUCUCUCUGGCACCUUUGUUCUUUUGGAGGUGGGCUUCCUGUCACAUUCUUGUAAUUAUGAGACUUUUCUGGCUUGGCAGGGCUGCCUGAAGGAGGGGGCAUUCCAGCUCUCUGUGGCACUGAGCCUGGAGUCCCCAUGGCCUCGCUGGGCAGAGCCCUUCGUGUGGCCACCACCUGCUCUCGCCGGGCCCUGGGACCGCGUACGCUGACCAGCCGAGCCGGCCCCACCACUGAGAAGAGCGUGCCGUACCAGCGGACCCUGAAAGAGGCCCAGGGCCCCACGGCAGUGGCCCAGGGCCCAAGCCGCCCCCUGCCCAGCACAGCCAAUGUGGUGGUCAUCGGUGGGGGCAGCCUGGGCUGCCAGACCCUGUACCACCUGGCCAAGCUGGGUGUGAGCGGGGCGGUGCUGCUGGAGCGGGAGAGGCUGACCUCCGGGACCACCUGGCACACGGCAGGCCUGCUGUGGCAGCUGAGGCCCAGCGACGUGGAGGUGGAGCUUCUGGCCCACACGAGGCGCGUGGUGAGCCGUGACCUGGAGGAGGAGACGGGGCUGCACACGGGAUGGAUCCAGAACGGGGGCCUGUUCGUAGCAUCCAACCGGCAGCGUCUGGACGAGUACAAGAGGCUCAUGUCGCUGGGCAAGGCCUAUGGCGUGGAGUCACAUGUGCUGAGUCCAGCAGAGACCAAGGCGCUGUAUCCCCUGAUGAACGUGGACGACCUGUACGGGACCCUGUACGUGCCCCAAGACGGAACCAUGGACCCUGCGGGCACCUGCACCGCCCUCAGCAGGGCUGCUGCUGCUCAGGGGGCACAGGUCAUCGAGAACUGCCCAGUGAGUGGCAUCCGCGUGCGGACAGACGACUUCGGGGUGCGCCGUGUGGCCGCUGUGGAGACAGCGCACGGUUCCAUCCAGACGCCCUGUGUGGUCAACUGCGCAGGUGUGUGGGCCAGUGCCGUGGGGCGGAUGGCUGGAGUCAAGGUCCCGCUGGUGGCCAUGCACCAUGCCUACGUCGUCACCGAGCGCAUCGAGGGCAUCCAGAACAUGCCCAAUGUCCGCGACCAUGAUGCCUCGGUCUACCUCCGCCUCCAAGGGGACGCCCUGUCUGUGGGCGGCUAUGAGACCAACCCCAUCUUCUGGGAGGAGGUGUCCGACAAGUUUGCCUUUGGCCUCUUCGACCUGGACUGGGACGUGUUCAGCCCGCACAUUGAAGGUGCCGUCAACCGCGUCCCUGUGCUGGAGAAGACGGGGGUCAAGUCCACGGUCUGCGGCCCUGAGUCCUUCACGCCGGACCACAAGCCCCUCAUGGGGGAGGCGCCCGAACUCCGAGGAUUCUACCUGGGCUGUGGUUUCAACAGUGCAGGAAUGAUGCUGGGCGGCGGCUGUGGGCGGGAGCUGGCCCACUGGAUUGUCCACGGGCGCCCGGAGAAGGACAUGUACAGCUAUGAUAUCAGGCGCUUCCAUCCCCAGCUCACGGACCACCGCCGCUGGAUUCGAGAGCGCAGCCACGAGUCCUACGCCAAGAACUACUCCGUGGUCUUCCCCCACGACGAGCCCCUGGCGGGACGCAACAUGAGGACCGACCCCCUGCACGAGGAGCUACUCGCCCGAGGCUGUGUGUUCCAGGAGCGACAGGGCUGGGAGCGGCCGGGAUGGUUUACUCCCCAAGGCACAGCUCCGGUCCUACAGUACGACUACUACGGGGCCUACGGAAACGAGGCCCACAGAGACUAUGCCUACGGCCGCCUGCUUGGGGACGAGUACACAUUCGACUUCCCGCCGCACCACGACGUGAUAAAGAAGGAGUGUCUGGCCUGCAGAGGAGCUGCUGCUGUGUUCAACAUGUCCUACUUUGGGAAGUUCUACCUGGUGGGCUUGGAUGCGAGGAAGGCUGCCGACUGGCUGUUCUCUGCUGAUGUCAACCGACCCCCGGGCUCCACGGCGUACACCUGCAUGCUGAACCACAGGGGCGGCACUGAGAGUGACCUAACCGUCAGCCGCCUGGCCCCCAGCUCCCAGGCCUCUGCCCUGGCCCCUGCCUUUGAAGGGGACGGCUACUACCUGGCAGUGGGCGGGGCCGUGGCCCAGCACAACUGGGCUCACAUCCGCACGGUGCUGCAGGACCAGAAAUUCCGGUGCCAGCUCAUCGACGGCUCCGAGGACCUGGGCCUGAUCAGCAUCCAGGGCCCAGCCAGCCGGGCCAUUCUGCAGGAGGUGCUUGACGCAGACCUGAGCAACGAGGCUUUUCCGUUUUCCACCCACAAGCUGGUGAGAGCCGCCGGGCACCUGGUGCGGGCCAUGAGACUCUCCUUCGUCGGGGAGCUGGGCUGGGAGUUGCAUGUGCCCAGGCCAGCCUGCGUGCCCGUGUACCAGGCUGUGAUGACCGCGGGCGCCAAGCAUGGCCUCGUCAACGCCGGGUACCGGGCCAUCGACUCCCUGAGCAUCGAGAAAGGCUACCGGCACUGGCACGCAGACCUGCGCCCCGACGACAGUCCCCUGGAGGCAGGCUUGGCCUUCACCUGCAAGCUCAAGUCGUCCGUGCCCUUCCUGGGGCGGGCAGCCUUGGAGAAGCAGCGGGCCGAGGGCCUCCGCCGACGCCUGCUGUGCCUGACAGUGGAUGAAAAGGUGCCCAUGUUCGGCCUGGAGGCUAUCUGGAGAAAUGGCCAGGUGGUGGGCCACAUCCGGAGAGCGGACUUUGGGUUCGCCAUUGACAAGACCGUCGCUUACGGCUACAUCCGGGACCCCAGCGGGGGGCCGGUCUCGCUGGACUUUGUGAAGAGCGGGGAGUAUGCUGUGGAGCGGAUGGGGGUGACCUGCCCUGCCCAGGCUCACCUCAAGUCCCCCUUCGACCCCGACAACAAGAGGGUGAAGGGGAUCUACUGAUGUCCGCAUGGGCGGAGCCUCUGCCGAGCGGGAGGCCGAGACCUGCUCCGUCCUCGUGACUGCGAUGCGGUUCCUAUCCUUGACUUUCUUGUCCCGUGGUCCUGGGGGAGGACCUCGUACAGGGUCUUAAGUGACUCCCUCAGUCCUUCUCUGGGCUUUCGGAACUCAAAACAUCUACUGGCAUGACCCUCUUCCCUGCCUUCUGUCCCUGGGUCCUGGGUCCCUCCUGCUCUGCCUCGUCCCCUCUGCCUCCCGGAUCACACCCCCAGGACAACGAUGGCCACCAGGCAGUCCCAGCAAAGCUGCGCUGUGCGGCCCUGCCCAGGCAAGCCUGACCCUCUGGGGAGCAGAAGGCGACAGAUGCGUGGGGACGGGGAGGACGGGAUUCCUGCGGACACACACCAAAAGCAGCCAGAGGACUGGGGGGUGGGCAGGCCCUGGCUGAUUUCAGAGGCUCCCACCCCUGGAACCGGUCAGGCUAAUAAAGUCGAAGUCGUGGGAAGACGUUUGGGUUUCA